AUGCCCGACUUUCGCCCCCUUUUCUUCAUCGCCAAGAUCCUGACCUGCUGUUGCUAUCCCCGCAAGUCAUCUAAGCCUGAGGCUCAAAACCAACCCUACCAGGUCGAGCCAGUCCCACGCCGAAACCGGGAAGCUUCUUCUGACUAUUCUCAACGCUCGGGUAUGCCCCAGUCCCCAGGUGUUCUUCAUCGUUCUGAUGUGUUUGCGGAUGUUCAGAUACACGAUGACGCCGGUGCAAAUUCCGUUGCACCUGGAUCUUUGCAGAAUCACGGCAGCAACUUGAAGUAA